AUGCAAAACAAACGACAAGAUAUCUUUGGAAAGGGCCCUCAGGCGCCUUAUUCUAGAAUCCUGAAGAAGCAAGAUCGAGGUAAACGGACUUUUCUGUCGAAAGUCAAAUCAUUCUUUGCGAGCGGAAAUCCAGAUUCUGUCAACUCCUUAAAGCUGGUAAGGGUGCCAGAGUUUCAAGGGGUAAGUGCACCAGGUGGGUUUUAUGACCGGCCACCUAACAAUUUAAUAUCGACGAAAGAACGCAGCAUUUCGAAAGGUCCCGAAGCUAUUGAAGAAGAUCCUGGGGCUGCCACUCUUGAAGAGGUAAAUUCGUCAAAUUCAACACUUGCUCAGUUUUUUCGGCAAAAGGGUGAUGAGGCAUUGAGUGAAGUCGAAUACGAAGGCGUAUUGUCUUUAAUGAGGAAAAUCAGAAGCGGUCCAACAGAAAACUUACCUUCGAGCGAAGUCACAUCUGAGGUAUCUUGUAUUCAAGCGGAACCCUCUUCUAUUUUGAAGGCCAAUGCUGGCCCUCACGAAAUCUCUUUGAAAACCCCUCAGUUUCACCCCAAGUACGAUAACUAUUCUACAACUGCAAACACAUCUUUGAAAAGCAUCUCUUCUACCGGCACCACUAGAAGCAGGGUUUUUGACUACGCCGGACUUCCUUCACCGUAUAAAACAAGUUCGUACCGACAUGGUGCUAGUCAUUUAUCGGCGGUUACCAAAAAGAAUAAGACAAAUGUUGAUUCAGCUCCAGCUCCUGAAGCCCACACCCAAGAAAAGCUAAGUAAUACUGCCUCAGCGCUUCUUUCGCUACUGGACUCGGGAGAGGUUAAGCCCAAGGCUUCAGGACUUGCCAAUCCAUACGCUAAUCGUGUUUCUGAGUUUAAAAAAUUCAGAAAAUCUGUCGAGCCUUCAAUCUCAGCUCCGGACACCCCAUCUAAAAAUGGCGCCAGUGCUGUACAGUCCUUAGCACUUAGUGAGAUCCGCAACACUGAGGACACAGAAUGUGACAAAGGUGACAAGACUUCUGCCGCCCAGCAUUUUACAAAAUAUAAGCCUGCUAAAGCGUCAACAUUGCGCACUACUGUCUCCGCCCCUAAGGUGCCACAAAACAAAGCUGGUUCGGUUCCAAAACAGAGCGACGACUCACCCUCUGUGCAUCCUUACUCAGGCGCAUUCAACUUUACAUAUUCGACUACAGCUCCCGCACUGGGCCGAGAAAGCUCGACAACAUCACAGAAGGAUACAAGAGAAGCUAAAAAACCAUUUGGUGAUGGCACAGACGAAGGCUUUCAGUCAAAGCCAUCCCAUGCCCAGCGUGAACAAGAAUCGCCAAGCGAGCAUCAAGGUUUGAAACGGGGCGACGAAGAGGCAUCUUUGAAUCUUACAGCUUCUCAACUCAAUCACUCCCCAAACACUUCCCGGAAUGACGACUCUGAAUCAUUAUCUCACCCCCACUCGAAGGCUGAACAACCGAGACAUUUCUUCGAGUUCUUUCCACCGCCAAGUUCUGGCUUGAAGCGAGAGUGGAUCAAUAGAGACCUGGUUAAAAGUUGGAAAAAUACUUUUGCAUUUUGA